AUGAAUAUUUUAAGAUUUAGCUCAACUGUUAGAAGGUUCUGUACUAAUAUAAGUACAGCUAAUGUAGUAGAAGUACCUCAUUUGCCAGUAAUGGCCAGUGAAGUCUUAGAAUACCUUAAACCAAAGAAAGAUGAAGUAAUAUUAGACAUGACUUUUGGCAGUGGUGGUCACUCAAGGAAAAUUCUUAACUUAGAGCCAACAGUUAAAAUUCUUGCUGUAGAUAGAGAUCCAUUGGCUUUUUCUUAUGCUCAGCAACUAGCAGAAGAAUUUCCAAACAGGGUCAUACCACUUCUGGGCAAAUUUUCUGAGAUUCCAAAAUUGCUGAACCAAAAUGGAUUUAAUAAGGGGUCAUUAGAUAGCAUAUUGUUUGAUUUUGGUUGUUCUUCAAUGCAAUUUGAUAUAGCAGAAAGGGGAUUUUCAAUAUUGAAAAAUGGACCAUUGGAUAUGAGAAUGGAUGGGAAUAGAGAUCCUGGAGUUCCUACAGCAGCAGACGUCCUUUCCAACUGCACAGAAGAAGAUCUAUAUAAAAUAAUAAAAUAUUAUGGAGAAGAAAGGCAAGCGCGCAAAAUCGCCAGAACAAUAAUCGAAUCACGCUAUCUCUUUAAAAAACUAACAACAACAGAGGAACUCGCAGAUUUAGUAGAAAGUGUAAUAGAAAAAGAUGGCAAAAUAGAUGAAAAAACGCAUAAGAAAAAGCAUGUUGCCACUAAAACUUUUCAAGCACUAAGGAUCUUCGUAAAUAACGAACUGAAUGAAAUUAACUAUGGUUUACUUCUAGCACAUCACUACUUAAAAAUUGGUGGCAAAUUGGUGACAAUCACCUUCCACUCUUUAGAAGAUACAAUAGUGAAAAGACAUAUAUCGGGAAAUAUGGUGGAAAACUGCGCGAAUCCUUUACCGUUGAAGUUCAGUAGUCACAAUUAUAAUGCCAACGUAGAUGAAGUUAAUAAGAUAAUGGAAAGCAAGUGGAAAAUGCUGCAUAAACAUGUGAUAGUGCCCACUGAUGAGGAAGUGGAAAAUAAUAGUAGGAGCAGGUCUGCUAAGCUGAGAGCUGCUAUUAAGGUUAGGUAGGAGAAUAAAUUGUUUAGAAUUUA